CAUUGAGCGAGGUUCUCAAUCGCGAUUGUAAAAUACUAUUAAUAUAGUUUUGAAAAACGCACAACCCACUCAGUUGCAAUGCGGCGGCCUCAGCUGUUGGUGGUGACUGCUCUACCCGUGUUCCUCACGUUUUUCCUGGUCUCUCCGACCCUGGGUCAGUUGCCUCCGAAUGGCUGCUUCCCGGUGUUUCAGUACCAGGGCUAUCGGGGUCAGUACAUUGGUCUGGUCUCCCUGCGUCUCGAUCCGCAGCUAUUGAAUCAUGUUCUCCAUCUGGAGUUCUCGCAGCAAGGAUUUCAUGACUUUUCCGCCAAUGUAGGAAAUAUUGUGCUGGUGGAUGGUGAGGAUAGGACCGUGGCUAAUGUGCAACAGAACCAGCCGGUGGUCUACCGCGUGGACUUUCCACUUUCGGAUUCGCCGCCCAAGAUCACCAACAUUCAAAUUAAUGGCGAAGAUAUUUGCAGUGCUUCACAGUACUCCAAGCCAAGAACGGGCAUUACCCUGGUUCACACGUUGACCUUGCCGACCAUAAUUGGUAGCAUUGGUCGUAAUUGGGACAACCCGAUUAGGAACCCCAUCAGAACCCCCACGAGGCAACCGUCUGUUAUUACUACUGCUGGUGACUGGGAAGAGAGCUUUCCGACAAGGACCCCGAUCAGGACGCCUAUCAGGACUCCAAAUAGAAGCCCGAACAGAAUUCCUAAUGUGUCCAACGUAUCCGAGACCUACUUUGAGCGAAACGAUACCCUUUUGGGACCUUUUGAGGACCAACCGAAUUUGGGCAGCCCGCCCAGGCCCAAUCAGCCAGCGGCUCCACUUCCAGCCAGAGAGUUCAACCGGGCAAGACAUCAGAGCAGGCAGCCAGCGGAAAGCCCGCCCCAAGUUAAUAACCGAGAGACCCUGGUCUCGCAGCAGGCACCAUCCAACAGCGCGUCCAUCCAGUGCGGCCGAGAGCGGGCCACCACCACGCCGCUAAUCUUCCAGGGAACGCGUCUGCAGCGGGGGCAGAUUCCAUGGCUGGUGGGCAUUUUCGAGCGGCGGGAGAGCAACGGACCGAUCUUCUUUUGCGGCGGCUCCCUCAUCGGUGCCUCCACGGUUCUCACGGCGGCCCACUGCUUCCGGAUACCGGGCUUCCGGGAUUUGCCCGCCAGCCGCACGGCCGUCUCGCUUGGACGGAAUAGCCUGGACCUGCUCUCGGCUGGCGAGUUCCGUAGCGUUUCCCAGCUGCUAAUCCACGACAAGUACCAGUACGAGCAGUACACGGAGGCAGAUCUCGCCCUGGUCAGACUGGAGACACCUGUGCCCCUCAACGACUAUAUUGUACCCAUCUGCCUGUGGAGCACCGCAAACAGAAUGGACUUGCCGCAGGGCGAGAAGACUUACGUGGCGGGAUGGGGUCCGGACGAGUCUGGCACAGGGAACUCGGAUGUUGCAAAGCUGGCCGACAUGAAUAUUGUGUCCGAGGCCAAUUGCCACCGGCAGCUGCCACCCGGUCCCCUGUUCCAGCCGAGCACGCUCUGCGCCCAGAAGGCGGGCACCGGACCCUGCAGCACCGACGGCGGCGGACCCCUGAUGCUCCGCGAGGGUGGCGUUUUCAUCCUGCGCGGCGUCAUCGCCGGUGGAGCGCUCGACCAGGAGAGGAACACCUGCGACCUGUCCAGGCCCUCUGUCUUCACGGAUGUGGCCAAGCACAUAGAUUGGGUACGUCGGAACAUGUGGAACUGAGUCUGGAGUCUGGAGUCUGGAGUGGAAAUGGGAUUGAAAAAUCCCACCUCUGAGUUGUAGAAUUGCGCCGUGGGUAAUUUCAAGUUGUUUCAUUAAUCAUUGAUAGGGAAUAAAGAUGACAAUCACUACAUGCA